CUGCUUAACUCUUGAUAAUCCGAGUAUGUCCCAGCUAUGUGCGUGGCUAGGUCCGCCCACCUACUAACAUCAUCGUAGCACUUCCCCGCAUCACUCCACCAUGAGCGCCUUCCAGAAUGCCAUGGUCAACCGGUCGCUAGGCGACAUUAAGAACAAUCUCCAGUUCCUUCUCGAAUCCGAAGUCAUCAGCAAAGCCCAGCACGAUGCUAUGCUGCAACAGCUUCCCGUCUCUGCCGAGAACUCGACGCGCGCUCUGCCCUCAGCACCGGCUCAGCAGGUCACAAACCAACUCUCGCAGAUGAACCUCCAGCCCACGCCCUCGCAUACCCCCACCCCUGUCUCGGAGAAGAAGCAGAACAUCGGCUACUACGCUGAGAAUGUCGCGCCACCCGCCUACCCGUCCACACCCGCCCUGCCCGCCGGCCCCACAAUCCUCACACACGCCACCGCCAUGUACCAGUACAAUGCGCAAGAUGCCGGCGAUCUAGCGCUUGUGCCCAACGACAAAAUCGCCGUCACAGAGUACAUGAACGCUGAGUGGUGGAAGGGCAAGAACGAGCGCACCGGUCAGGAAGGCAUCUUCCCCGCCUCCUAUGUUCGCAAGGAGGAGAAGUCCAUGGCUCCUCCAGCCAGCAACUACGGCAACAUGCCUCUGGACGUCUCCAACGGCGCCGCUUCGCAGCAGCAGACGCCGGGCGAGCCGAGCAAGUUUGAGCAGGGCGGAAAGAAGUUUGGCAAGAAGCUCGGAAACGCCGCUAUCUUUGGUGCAGGUGCGACUAUUGGUGGCAAGAUUGUUAACGGCAUUUUCUGAUCGCAUGCAGGUGCGACUAUCGGUGGCAACAUCGUCAACUCCAUUUUCUAAGCGGUUUUCCUGUUGCGCGCUUUAUCAUGUUCACUUCCGCUGUGUUCUGGAAGUCUGGCGUUUGGGUGGAUCUUGGGUAGUGAGUGCUUUUCAUUUCAUGGUGAUGACCUUAUGAUUCUGACGACU